UCCUCGGGCCGCACAGGGAGGACCGUGAUGGGGUGAGGCUGGGUCCUUGCCCGGUUUCCCUAGCAACGGUCUCAGGAGCAGAUGGCCACCUAGAGAUUUGUCUGAUUCUGCGGGGUCUGGACCGCUAUUUCCCAACUUAAAAGGCCUUGCAGCCCGGUUGACCCGAUGUUUCAUGGAACAAUCACAAAAGAGUUAACUAGUCAUGAAGAAUGGAGUCACUAUAAUGAAAACAUAAUACAAGACCAAAAAGAUUAUGUUUUUGUGAAGUUCAAUGGCCUUCAUUUAAAAUCUAUGGAAAAUUUGCAAUCUUGUAUAUCUCUUAAAGUAUGCAUCUUAUCAAAUAAUUUUAUUACAGAUAUUCGUCCACUUCAAAGCUGUAUAAAAUUAAUCAAACUUGAUCUCCAUGGAAAUCAGAUAAAGAAUCUACCAGAUAUAAAAUUUUGGAGUGGAAUGAAGAGCUUAAAACUUCUCUAUCUUCAUGACAAUGGGUUUGCAAAGCUAAAGAAUGUAUGUGUAUUAUCUGCCUGUCCAAAUCUCAUUGCCCUCACUCUGUUUGAUUGUCCAGUAAGCCUUAAAAAAGGAUACAGACAUGUUCUUGUUAACAGUAUAUGGCCUCUCAAAGCACUGGAUCAUCAUGUGAUUUCUGAUGAAGAAAUAAUUCAGAGCUGGCACCUUCCAGAAAGAUUCAAAACAUGUAACUACAGACUUUUCUUUAAUUUCUGCCCUGCUUUGAGAAAGGGAACAACUUAUGAGGAUGACAUUAAUAAUAUUAAAGAUAUUAUUUCAAAAAUUAAUGAAAUUCUGGCUCAUAAUUCACCAGUUCUGAUUGUUCAAAGAUGGAUACGUGGUUUCUUAGUUAGAAAAAAACUGAGCUCUUUUUUUAUGUGUAAAAAACAGCAGGAAAAAGUAUUCAGAGAAUAUGAAAAAAAGUGGUUUUAUAUAACCAAAGGAUAUGAAAAUAUGCUCUUUAAGGAUAUGUUUUUCAAACCUGAAACUAAUAUAAAAGAAAAGUUUGCACGUUGGAGACAUAAUAUAUAUACUAUUGAUUCAAACAAGUCUAAUGAAUAUAGGAAACAUGUUUCUUCUAUUCUACAUGAAUUAAAAGCAAAAGACAUGAAAUUAAAAAAAUCAAGACAUCUUAUUCAAAAAGAUCAGAAGAAAACUGAAGACGAAGAGGAAGAAUUGGAUACUAGUUUUAGGUUAUCAGUAUCCAAACUGCCCCUACAUACUUCAGAUUCAUCGAUGUAUGCUACAGUAUUGAAAGAGAAAAGACAAGAUUAUUUCCCUGCACAUGCCCAACCAUUUUCUACCACUCAUCAAAACCCAGUAACUAAAAAAGACUCACUGAUGGAGAGAAAUAUAAAGAGAGAGUUUUUUAUGACACACAGAGCUGGUAUGAAACUACAAAAACUUAAUGAAAUUGAUAAAUAUUACACAGAGCAAAAAAAACAAGAAUGCUAUAAAGAAAAAAUGACAGCUGUAACCAUGGCACAAAUUGCCCGAGAAAGAGUAAGCCUAACUCUUCAUGAGUAUUUAAAUAAUAAAAAAUAUACUGCACAAAAACUUAUUGAAAAAGAUAAUGAGGCAAUUCAGAAUGGUUUACGACAACUUUGGAAAGACAAAUUCAACUACCUUGAAAAAGUUAGAGCCAGAAGAUCUCUUUUUCUGAAAGAAAAAAAACAGAAGGCUGCAGAUCAUGAAUUAGUUCGAAACUUAAAUAAUGAGCGUACUCUUCUGAUGAAAGGAAUGAUUAAAAUAGAUAGAUUGAAGAAUGAUGAGGCUGUCCAGAAAAAGAAACAGCUGAUUGUUCAGGAAAAACUAACAACAGAAAAACGUCAAAAGGAUUUAUUUAAACAAUGGAAAGAUUUUAGGGCUGAAGAAAUUUAUAACAGACAUUGUGAAGAAAAAUUUGUUAUUGAUAUGAUUUCCUUUCAAAAAGCCUGUGAAAGACUUCAAGAUGUUAAAACAAGUGUUGCAAUUGUGAAAACAAGUGUAGGCUUUAAAGUUCCCAAUGGAAGGACAAAAUGAACCAAUGCCAGAUAAAUACCUAUCAUCAUCUUAAUAUGUGGCCAUUAUUUUCAGUUGGAGAACUUUGAAAUAAUACUCUGAAAGAAAAAAUUCUCCAUGUCACAAGAUAAAUUUUUAUAUAAAUCUUCUAAAAAAUAUAAAGAAUAGUUAAAAUGUUCUCUUAUUGGUCAUAAUUUGAAUUAAAUUGAUUUGGCACACUCAGAAAUUUCCUUAUAUAUCCAGAUGCCCAUGGAACAAUUAAAACUGACUUCUUUAUUGUAGGCAGUAUCGUGAACACAGCACUUAUAUUCUGUUUUAUAUUGUUUCUGAGUAUAGCAGUUCUUAAACUAUUUUCAGUUUCUCAGGCAACCUUAACAUAGCAAUUUCUGCUUUUAUUGCUGACUCUUA